AUGCCUCUCUCUCACGAAGAUUACACCGUUGGAUGGAUAUGCGCCCUGCCCCUUGAGAUGGCAGCUGCAAAGCUGAUGUUGGACGCAAUACACCCGAGUUUACCGCGCCCGCCAAACGAUCAAAAUACAUAUAUCUUGGGAAAUGUCGGGAAGCACAAAGUUGUUAUUGCUGGUUUACCGAGUGGGGCAUAUGGCAACACUUCAGCUACAUCAGUUGGGAUGCAGCUGCUGUCUAGCUUUCCCGCCAUCCGUAUUGGUUUAAUGGUUGGCAUUGCUGGAGGUGUGCCCAGCAACGAUGCGGACAUUCGACUCGGGGAUAUCGUAGUGAGCCAGCCAUCCGACACGUUUGGAGGGGUGGUUCAGUACGAUCUUGGUAAAGUAUUAAGUGAUGGGCGAUUCACGCGAACGGGAAUGCUUAAUCGGCCUCCGAAAGUUCUGCUGACCGCUCUCGCUGCCCUCCAAGCUCAUCAUCUCACAGAAGAAAGCCGAGUAGUUGAGUUCGUUUCCAACAUCCAAGCCAAAAUUCCACCUCGCAAGGCCACAACAUUCGCGCGACCAACUCAAGUGGAUUGUCUGUUUCAAGUGGAGUAUGAUCAUGUCGCAUCUAGUACCUGUCUUAGUUGCGAUCGAUCCAAAUUGUGUCCACGACCUCCACGAGAUCGCGAAGAGCCAGUUGUACACUAUGGACUGAUCGGGUCCGCGAAUCGAGUAGUGAAAGAUGGCAGGCAGCGAGAUCAGCUGGCCAGGGACCUAGGGAUUUAUUGUGUGGAGAUGGAGGCAGCGGGACUCAUGAAUGACUUUCCAUGUCUGGUGGUUCGGGGAAUUUGUAAUUACGCCGACUCUCACAAGAAUAAAGAAUGGCAAGGAUAUGCGGCAGCCGUGGCGGCGGCCUAUGCGAAGGAGCUUCUCCUAGUUGUCCUAACCGAUAAAAUCCAUAGUGCCCCAACGGUACAUACUUUACCAGGCUCUGAUUUACUUCAUCGCUUUGACGUUCCGUUGGACCUUACUGCUGUGCCAGUGAUUGGAAAUUUUGUCGGACGACAAGACGAGUUGGACCAGCUAUGGCAGUAUUUACGGCCCACGGAUCCCCGGUCACGCAAAGUUGCGAUUCUCCAUGGGCUUGGGGGAAUAGGGAAGACACAGCUAGCUAUUCGUUUCGCACGCUCACACAAGGACGACUUCACUGCCAUUUUUUGGCUGAGUGGCAAGGAUCGAGGCACACUCUUGCAAUCUUUGAGCUCCGUCUUGCAUCGAUUACCAGGACAGUCUCAGAAUGAUAAGGCGGUUAAUGAGGAGGAGGUAGAGCAACGAGCUAGGCACGUAUUACGUUGGCUAGCGUUAGAGGGAAACUCGCGCUGGCUAAUCGUUUUUGACAAUAUCGAUCAAUACCUUCCCAUUAAUGGCGCUACUAGUGAUGUAUAUGAUAUCACGGAAUUCUUCCCUACUGCCGACCAUGGCUCCAUUCUUCUUACAUCUCGGCUCCAACGGUUGGCUGAGCUAGGGAGGUCUUUUCAGCUCAACAGACUAGAUUAUAAGGAUGCUAUACAACUACUCUUGCAAAGCACCUGUCUAUCAGCUAGCGGUACCGUUGACGGACUUGAGAGUAAUCCAGAUACCCUUGCUCUUGCUUUUCGUCUAGACGGACUUCCAUUAGCAAUCGUUAUCGCCGGGGCCUUUAUGCGUGAGACUGGAACUAGCGUCACCGAGUACUUGCAGUACUAUCAAAACUCUUGGUCCGAGUUACAGCUGCAGUCUAAUCCGCAACGCCAGUAUCAACAGGGUAAUUUGCUACAAACAUGGAUGAUCUCAUACCAUGAGAUCCAGAAGCGGGAUCCGCACGCAGCGAAGUUGCUCCUUUUACUCGCUCACUUCGAUAAUCGAGAUAUCUGGUAUGAAUUGAUAAAAAGCAGUCACAAUAGCUCAUAUGUUCCAUUUGGGCUUGCAAAGACUAUAUCAAGCGGACUCGCGUUUAGGACCAGCGUCAAGAACCUCAUCGCCUUUUCUCUGCUUGAUACUAAGGUACAAGCUGGAAGCUAUACAAUUCACCCAGUAGUGCAAGACUGGUGCAUUCAUCUUUCUAGCACAGACACAAAUGCGAAUUCGACCCAGCUGAAUAAACUGGCACUAAUAGCUGUUGGAAACAGUGUACCAAGAUCAAGUGACAGAAAUUAUUCCGAGUUGCAGCAACGGCUUAUUCCACACGCAGAUUAUGUACGUCGUGGGGACUGGUCGAGUGACAACAUGGAUAUUGGGAUAUGGAAAGCAUUUGAUAGUUUAGGAAGUCUCUACUCUGAUCAGGGAAAGCUAAAGGAGGCAGAGGAGAUGUACCUGCGAGCACUGGCAGGCUACGAGAAGGCCCUCGGUCCCGAUCAUACCUCCACUCUCAGUACAGUCAACAGCCUUGGGAAUCUCUACAGAAAUCAGGGGAAUCUAAAAGAGGCAGAGGAGAUGCACCAGCGAACACUGGUAGGCUACGAGAAGGCCCUCGGUCCCGAUCAUACCUCCACUCUCGGUACAGUCAACAACCUUGGUGUUCUCUACUCUGUUCAAGGGAGGCUGAAGGAGGCAGAGGAGAUGUACCUGCGAGCACUGGCAGGCUACGAGAAGGCCCUCGGUCCCGAUCAUAUCUCCCCUCUCAACACAGUCGGCAACCUUGGGAAUCUCUACAGAAAUCAGGGGAAUCUAAAAGAGGCAGAGGAGAUGCACCAGCGAGCUCUCGUAGGCUACGAGAAGGCCCUCGGUCCCGAUCAUUCGUCCACCCUUAAUACAGUUAAUAACCUUGGGAAUCUCUACAGGAACCAGGGGAGGCUGAAGGAGACUGAGGAGAUGUACCAGCGAGCAUUGUCGGCAACCUUGGGAAUCUCUACUAUGAUCUAG